GCCAAACGUCCAUUUCAUAUAAACUAACAAGACAGCUUUUCGACAUAACUGUCACACCAAAAUAAACUGCAAUAACAGUGUAAUUAGGCUCAUAGUAAUUAAUAACCAGCCCGUGUUUGGACAUAACCGGAUCCAGUACCAUGCCCGAUGUUGAAGUUUUAAAAUGUCCUUCGAGGGAAGGUGGAAACAAUAUGCAAGAUCGAGGGCAACUGCAGAGAACUUACUCUUACAACCAAACAUGUGUGGGGAAAGCAAUGUGGAACAUCCAGGAACUGAUGGACAAACUGGAACACUGGUCCCAACAUGUAAAACCAACACCUACAGGCUGAAUGCAGCUAUUGAACAGAAUGAAGGACAAAAUAAAAACAACAGCACCUCAAGGUUUGAUUCGACCUGUUUGAAAACGCACACGGAGCUGUGUGUCGAAGGCGCGGGGCUUUGUUUUGAAAAUGAAACGUCGUGUCCCUUCUGGAAGGGGACAGGUGGUGUUCUGCUGGAGGUGGUGUCACUUAUCAAGCGCCUGGAGUCAGAUCGGCAAGAGGCCAAGGAGGCACUGCAAGAGGAACGGCAUAAAGCACAGCGCCUGAGAAGAAAACAGGACACUCUUUCUCUCUGGAAACAACAACAGUUUCCCGUAGCGGUGCAGCUAGAAUAUGAAGCCAGUACCCGAGACAUCGCAGAGCUGAGGUGGCAUCUUAAAGUAAAAAACGAUCAAAUGCAGCAAGUCAGAAACUUCCUGAAGCAGGCAGAGACACAGAACCAUCAUCUGCUCCAGAAUAUUGAUUUUGUAAAGAAACAGGGGCCACUUGUGAAGGACAAAUUGCUUCUGGAAGACGAAAACACGAAGCAGAUAGCGUCAGCUAGAACAGAGGCUCAUGAGGUGCUCACAGAGCUGUCCCAAGAGCUGAGAAAUUCCCAGCAGGAGCUGGAGAAUGAUGAACUGCAGAUGAAUAAGGAAAGAGCCGCCAUAACCCAGGCGCUGAAAACCAUCCGGACUGAGCUACAAGAGCGAAUCACUGAGCUCCAGCAGCUGAAGUCGUCCUGGGAUGUUUCUUGUGCCAGAAUCCGAGAGACCGAGGAGAAGGUGGCGUUUACAGAGAAGCAGGUUGACGCCAAGCUCCAGCAGAUCGCCAUGCUAGAAAGACAAGAGAACGAACUGAGCAGUGCUGUUAUGGAACUUAAAGCACAACUACAGAGUCAGGAGAGAAAACUGGCAGACAAGCAAGCUGACUUUACAAACCUUCUCAAACAGCUCCAAGCAACUAGGCAUGAAGGAGAAGCAAAUGUCUGCGAGUCAGAGGAGAUCUUCAGCAGGAAGCGUCAGGAGCUCCAGCGUCUGCGUGAUAAAAAUAAAGAACAUGACAUGGAAAGCGAGGACUACAAUAAGAAGAUCUGUCAAAGCAAGCAGGCAUUGCAGCAGUUACAGAAGAACCAAAAGCGUAUAUUGGAGAAGAUCAGUCAAAAUGAGAUACAGACGGAUCAGGCCAAGGGUGAGCUAUCACUGCAAGCUGCCCGAUACACAAACACCAAGGCUCGGCUGGAGAACCUGGAGCAGCAGACACUCGAGCAGGAGCAGAGCAUGAGGAAAGACACAGAAGUUUUGAAGAUGCGUUUGAUGGGUGAGAUGAAGCUGGUAGCAGCCAUCAAGGGUAACAUCGCCUCACUUCUGACAGAGUAUAACAUGACAGAAGCCGACUGUGAGAGAGAGAAAGAGCAGGUAGAGAAAGAACUCGAAGAGGCCUGGUCUUCACUCGUCAAGCUGGAGUCAGAGAUGGUUACACUGAGAGAAAUACACACCGCUAUAUGUAAAAAAAUCCAGGACUUGAAAAGGACACUGAGUGACGUCUUGACCGCACACAAAGCCCUGUCCGAUGAGCUUGACCAGAGGAAGAGUGCCUGUCUCGACCGUCUGCAUUCAGCUACAGAAGCCCACAAGACGGUCUUGGUGAGACGUGAGCAGGUCUCCAGAAGGACCGAGGAGCUCGAGCAAAAGUGUGAAGAAUACAGAAAGGAAUCAGUAGCAAUGGAGGACACGGUUAGAGCCAUGCCGCAAGUCCUGGAAGAAUUACAGAAUGAAUCUGACACGAUGGAGUAUAAGCAUAACCUGAUCAGCACAGCGAUGACUAGUCUGCGGAAUGAGACGGUGGCCUGCAGAAACCGGACAGCCUUUUCAAAAGCGUCUCACUCGUCACUCCUUUCCCAGCGGCAGGCUGUGACGCAAGACCUGAAGGCUAAUUUGAGGAAAGCUCUAAAAGAGAACGCGGCAUUGGCGCAGGAAUACGGGGAGCUGCAGAAAGCCGUGAUGGUUGCCAAGCGAGAAGCCGCGCUCACGUUGAGCGAGAAAAACAGAGCCGAGGUCUCUUUUCACAAUAACACACAGCUUUCAUUGUUGCAGAGGAGGAUGCACAAAGCCAUGCUGAAAUACUUCAAACACCGCAGCGUCUACAGCCAAGCAGAGCUGGCCGGUUUCCAGGCCCUCUCCAACCAGAACAAGCAGAAAAUGAAAGCCCUCCAGGAGGACUUGUCCGGGGCGAUCCAGCGCGUCUCGGGCUUCCUGACGGACGCCAGCCGCGACGCCACGGCAGACAAACAGAGGUGCGUGGACCUCGGCGGACUUAACAGGCCGAUGCCUACGGUGCAGAUAGCAGAGUAAUUGGACGCUCACCUUUGUGCCAGACAACUCACUUAUAACCCUCUCCAAGCGUGCUUCACUCUCUCCACCCUCUCUGCUCCUCACAGCCCAAUCCAUAACAAUGAAACAGGUGACUUUCAUGCUGCUGUCAGGAAUGAUCUAAUUUUAGCUGGGUGAAUGAUUGCAAUUGGCUUUGCCUCAUCAGAUAAUUAAUCUAUGUCACCAUUAAUUGGAAAAGAGAAUAAUUACAGGGCUGUGUUGACAGAAAUUCUACGCUUCUCCACAUUCCCGGAUCUAAUUACACCUACUGAAACCCUCCUGACCUUAUCCCGUGGUUAGUAUACCCGCGUAGUCUUAACCAGCACAUGGCCCAAGUAUACAGUACGCUUCCUCCAUCACCCCGGAUCUCUCUCUCUUUCUCUUUCUCUCUCUCUCUCUCUCUCUCUCUCUCUCUCUCUCUCUUUCUCACUCACUUUUUUGUUGUUUGCCUCCCCCCCUCUUUUUUUUUUUCUCCCCCUCGUCUUCUUUCCGCCCGCAGAACU